AUGGAGCAGAAGAAUUCAACAGGACUCCAAAAUAUUCCAUUGGCGAAAUUAGAUAAUGAAGAUACUCGAUACUCCUCAUUCUCUAAACGAAGUUCUGGCUUAUACAAAAACGCUAGUGAACUUGUUAGAGAAUGUGAUGUCGAUCUUGGAAUUGCUAUUUCUUCAUCAACAGGUGAACAACUUGUUGUUGUAGAAGCACGUAACAAAGUCUGCCAAUAUGAUGAUAUGAUUAAGGAAUUUGAUAUAAUUGAAAAAAUUACCAAUAAAAAAAUACGCUUGUCAGACCAAAUAAAUGAGGGUUGGUGGGAGUCCAUAGACCGAUUCAGUAUAGAUGAUACAAUGAGGUUUGAAGCUUGGUUAACUUUCGGUGAAUUCACCAAAAGUUAA